AUGGAAUUCGUCACUGCCCUACGGGGCACCUUUGACGACCAGAAACCGUCGCUCUUCGAGAUCCUGUCGGAACAGCAGCUGAACGGGCUCCUGCCGCCGACGCUACGAUACCUCCUCACCGUGGCCACCCACCGACACCCGCGCUACCUCCUCCGCAUACUCAACUCCUUCGACGAGCUCUACGCCCUGGCCAUGCUCGUGGUGGAGCGGCACUACCUGCGCACGCGUGGCGGGUCGUUCACCGAGAACUUCUACGGGUUGAAGCGCGACAAGGCUCUGCGAGCCGAGAUCCCGCGGGCCGGUGCCGCCGCCCCGCACGCCGCGCGCGAAGCUCUCCGGCUCUCCUCGACCGACGUCUGGCGCAACCUCGCCGUGCUCGUGGGCGUGCCGUACCUGCGACGCAAGCUCGAGGAGUCGUACGAGGUCAACGCCCCGCGGGCCCUGCUCGGCGCGGCCUACACGCGCAUGCCCGACGAGCCGACCCUGCGGCAGCGCUUCAUGCACUACUACCGCUGGUUCCUGCGCAACAUAUACCCCAGCGUCAAUGCGGGCUACUGCUUCGCCGUGCUGGCCUUCAACCUCGCCUACCUGUUCGACGGGACGAAGUACCACAACCCGCUCAUGUGGCUGAUCGGGACGCGGGUGCGGCGCAUGACGGCGGCGGAUCAUCAGGCCAUCGACGCGCUGUCCUCCCCGGGCCCGGGUGCCGCCGCCGCCGCCGCCGCCGCCGGCAAGCGCCCCGGCUGGAUCUCGCUGCUGUCCCCGAGAGAGCUGGGGCCGCGCGUGCUGUCCAGCCUGUCGAUGCUGCUCCCCAUGAGCAUCUUCGCGCUCAAGUUCCUAGAGUGGUGGUACCAGUCCGACUUUGCCAAGCAGCUGUCGCAGAAGGCCACCGAGAACAUCGAGCUACCGCCGCCGACGCUGCCGGGACAGGUCAGGACCGAGAGCAAGGGCGAGAAGAAGGGUGGCGAGAAGGACGGGACGGAGGAGGAGCAGCGGGAUCCUUUGCCGGAGGACGCCCCGGUGGCGACGCCCUCGAUGCUCCCCAUCUACACCGUCAGCCCGCCCGACGACUCGUCGCUGUGUCCCGUCUGCCAGGGCGAGAUGGUGACGCCGACAGCCUGCCAGACCGGCCUGGUAUACUGCUACACGUGCAUCCACCGCUGGAUAGAGGGCACGCACCCGAUGCAAGAGUCAUUCAUGGAGAACCGCCACGGACAGUGGGAAAGCGGUCAAGGUCGGUGUCCAGUCACCGGACGUCGCGUCCUAGGUGGCACCGAAGGACUCCGAAGAAUCAUGGUUUAA